AUGUGCAAGCGCCUAUCUAUAAGAGAGAAGCAGAAUGUAUUGGAAAUGCUGAAACAGCCAGGUGCAACUCAGAGCUCCGUAGCCAAAUCACUUGGAAUUUCACAAAAAACUGUUCACAAUGUUGUAUCCCAUCGAACGACUAUCGGGGAAUUUCUGAACGCUGGAGCAUCUGAGGAAAGAUGCCACCUGAAAACCAACGAAAAGUUCAAGGCAGUGAAUGAGGCAACUUUGGCUUGGUUUACUGCUAUCAGCAAAAAGCACGGAGAGUUCCCCAUGGUGGAUAGCAUCGUACGUCACACCUUACCAAGAAUCGUUCAAACACGUCAUUUCAAAACAGUGUUGGAUCAGGCUAGACGGACCGGCAUUGUCGAUUUGUCCCAUUUGGCUCUGGGGAAUCAGGAUUGUGCGACAUUGUGUGACUGUUUGCUCUCCCACGGCCAGAUACGGGUCAUCACGAAGCUAUCUUUGUCUGGGAACGGUUUGACAACAAUCGUUCACUCGGAAGCUGGCUCGUCUGUUGGCAUUCUGAACAUUCUAGUUCAGAUGGCCCCCCAUUUGACCAGUUUGCAUUUCUCAAGCAAUCUACUUGGGUCGCAUGAUGUGCUCGCUAUGUUGAACGAACUGUCGCGACACAUGCAAUCAGAUGAUGCGCAACCGGUAAAGCAUCAGAACUCGUGUAUCACGGGCAACUCCUUCGAUGGUGCGAUUUGUUGGACGGAGCUUAUUCACCGGCUGACCGUUGCUUUUCCCAAAUUGAACUGUCUUCAUUUGACCGAUUGUUCACUAGACACUGGUUCUGAUAUCGAAUCGGCCAUUCCUGCACUUGCUUCUUCAGUGCCUAAAGGUUUGUCAAUGAGUUCAGCAAUAUCGGCAUUGGCGGAGUUGGAUUUAAGCUGGAACUCGCAUCUUUCCACGUCUCGUCUGGCCCUGUUGCUCGAAAUGCCGUCAUUGGCUGGGCUUCGGUCACUACGUCUCCGAGGCUGUUCCACUAUCGUUGGUAUCCUUCCCAUUCCAACCAAUAUGCCCGUGGAUCAGAACACUUUGGCCUCGUGUGCUUGGUUCCCGUAUAAGGUCGAUUCGUCUACCGUUUCUCACCACAUGAUUGAGUCUUCUGGUGAUCGUUUGGUUCACACACUCGCCCAAGCUAUGUCUAAAGGGCACUUUCGUCUGCAAAUGUUGGAUUUGGGUUACUGUCAGCUGACGACGCAUUGUCUUGACAACUUGCGCAGUCUUCAUCCCCCGUUCCCGGGUUCCAGUUGUACGCGUUCAUUUAUCCUUGUGGUUGCCGCCAAAAUCCGUGCUGUCGACAAUCCGCAACUGCUUUAUCCAUUUGUGGGCAGAAGACAAUAA